AUGCCGCAGACUUCACUCAAGACCGCGGCCAUCGCCACGGCUCUCGCUUUCGCCAGCGUCACCAGCGCACAUUACUCCUUGGUAGACGAUUACACGAAAGAGAAAUUCUUCCCCGGAUUCGAUUUCUUCACCGGACCGGAUCCUACCUCAGGAUUCGUGCAAUAUCAGUCCCUCGAGCAAUCCAUCGCCAACCAGUACAUCGGCUAUCUCAACGAUUCGGUAUAUCUUGGCGUGGAUUAUACCAACAAGACUCCGCAAGGCAGGCCCUCUGUACGAGUCGAAGGAAAGAAGGCUUAUAACCAAGGUCUUCUCAUUGUAGAUGUCCUUCAUAUGCCGGAUAGCACAUGUGGCUCAUGGCCAGCGCUCUGGAUGUUUGGACCGAAUUGGCCAGCCUCGGGUGAAGCAGAUUUGCUGGAGGGCGCCAACGACCAAUCCAACAAUAUAAUGACCCUACACACCAGCGCUGGGUGCGCAGUCGAUAAUGCGUCCACACCUCUCAGCGGCGGCGGAAACGUCAAUAACAACGAAGCCAGCUUUCUUGGCAACAUGAAUACGAAGAACUGCGACGUUAACGCGACCGAUCAAGCCAAGAACGUUGGAUGUAGCAUCGAAGCUCCGUCCUCCAUUCCUCCUCCGGUCUCCCAGCGCAUGCGCCGCUAUGGCAACGAAAACGCACACUCUGACUCGCUUCCUUCUUAUGGAACCGAUUUCAACCAGGCUGGUGGCGGUGUCUACGCCAUGGAGUGGACAAACAAGUUCAUCGCCAUUUAUUUCUUCUCUCACGCGACCAACGAGACGAUGCCCAAGGAUCUCCUUUCUGGCAAUCCCAAUCCCUCAGGAUGGGGCACUCCACUCGCCCGCUUCGCUGGUAAUGGCUGCGACUUCACGAAGCGAUUCAAGGAUAUGAAGAUUGUGAUCAACCUCACCUUUUGCGGUGAAUGGGCUGGCAAAGUCUGGACAACUGGCGGAUGCGCAGCUAAGACAAAAACCGCGACUUGCGAAGCGUAUGUCGAGAAUAACCCAGAUGCCUUCUCCGAGGCUUAUUGGGAAAUUGCUAGCCUAAAGUGGUUCGAAGACAAGGAUGGUGGACAAUAAGGACGUCUUUUGAGCCGCCUUUGUCUUCGCGCACAAUUCUUCUUUGAGUUUCCUUUGUCUUGUUGAGGGCAUUUCCUUUGUAUCUCUUCCCAUUCGAGCAUUUCGAUAAUGUUGGAGCAUGAUCUUCCCACCUUGUCUUUUACAUAGCUCGUCUUCUUUGGAUACUCUCGGCGUUUUUUAGCACCUUCUUAAAUCGCAACAUCGUCAGUUCAGUUCCUUCUCUGAAAUAGCCAAGUGCGUGCUCUGGUAGCAUCCACGACAUCUCUCGCCUUUUCCCAUUCAAUUCUACAACGAAC